UACAGUGUGCACAGUAUAAAACUACGUAUUGGGAACUAAAUAACACGCCAGGCGACGCAACUAUUUUUUACAAGGCUAUUUGGAUUAUUUUGGAAAUUUUGGUGCGGGAAAUAGAGAUGUUACCAUGGUUACUAUUGAGGGCAUCCAAACACAACAGGAGUCACACAGCGAGCGUCAUUACAUGUUACAGGUAGCCUGGCCUACUAGUCCCAAAACUAAAAUAAUUUCGUCACCUCUGUAAGAUCUGAGGAUCAUUCUGAAGCUGAGAAAAUGUACAAAGUGGAUUUGCCUAUAGACCAGUCCAUAGAAAAGGCUGUGGAAAGGAGAAGGUCUGCAGAAACAGCACGCAAAGCUCGGAUUUACAACACCCGGCACCGUGUGAUGGGCAUUGAUGUUGGAGCUCUCAACCAACAGGUCCAGGAGAAAAAACACCAGCAGAACAUGGAGAUGCAGCGAGACAAAGCCUUUGAUGAGCUGAGAAAAAUUCAUGAUGAAACACUGCUGAAACAAGAAGUUGAUGAAAAAGAGAAGCGAGCAGCUUUGCACACUGACCUAACCAAGUAUUGGGCCAAUCUUCAGCAUGUGGAGGACUCCCGCGAUGCUGAUCUCAAGUGUGGCCUGAAGGGGGCAUUCAGGAUCACUAUUCCAGAGGCUGAGCUGGGGCCUGCCAGCAUGCAGAUCUUUCAGGGCGAGGAUGUUGGAGAGGAGGAAAGGAGGAGAGAACAAAUAAGACAGACAGAAAAAGACCUGCAAGCGCAGAAGGAAGAUCAUGAGAGAAGGCGCAUGCGAGAGAAGCACAGAGAAACACUUGUGAGCAAAGAGCUGGUGUAUCAGGACCUGAGGGGGGUUCAGCUACACACACAGGAGGAAGAGUGUAGGAAAGCUACCCGUGUUGCCCUCGACAACUACAAUCAAGCUCUGGCUGCAGAGCGAGCACAACACCUGAAGGAGAAGCUCAGGAGAGAGGAGAGUGAGAAUCUGGCAGAGGUGUGGCACACGCUGACAUCAGACAUGAUGACGGAGUGUGCAGAGGCAGCUGAGAGGGAGGUGGCCGAAGGGAAGCCAGCCCGGGUUCUGGUUGACAAGUGGAAGGGGAUGAGACCUGAGCAGCUGAGCGCAAUCCACAGGGAGAGAGAGGAACAGCGUGUGGAAAAACAGAGACAACGUGAUGCUGAGAAGGCCCAGAAUGUAGCUUGGCAACUGCAUCGCCUAAAGCUGUCGAGACAAGCAGAGGAGGAGGAGAGGAGAGUGGCGCAGCUGAGGAGAGAGAAGAGGAUUCAGAUGGACCUCCACAACAUGCAGCUGGCCAGAGAGCAGCAGGAACAUCAGGGGUACCUGAACAAGAAGCUGUACACCAACAAACCCACCAAGGAUUACUUUUAUCAAUUCAACACGGGCUCCCGCUGACCAACACUCACCUCACACAGGCUUGUGGCAAUGUGCUAAUAAAAUUGCCGUCUUGACUCAAUGUGAAUUGAUUCCUGAGUAAUCAAUACCUGCUGCUUAUUUUCAGUUGACACACACGCAGGCAUUGAUCUAAGCAGCUGGAAAAAAGGGACCCUUUAUUGAUAGUUGUUCCAGG